GGCGCUGCCCCGCUGCCGUUAUCAACUUAUUCUGUGAUAGUAGUACACCGGCUCUGCGUUAUCACUAAUUAACGUUUGACAAAAAUAUAAAUCCACUAUUCACUAUUCAGUGUUGUAUUCCAGAGUUCCAGCAGAGUCCAGACUCCGGUUUCAGAUUUCCAGAAUCCAAACUUCCAGAAUGUACAAUCUUUGACCGUCGAGAAAAUGUGAAAUUUGUUUAAAAUGUUUAAUGAUUUAAUGAUGAUAUUAAAUAUUUAAAUUUUUAAACUGUUCAUUCUUAUUGUUGCGGAGUUUUUGAUCAUUAUUUUCUUUCCUUUUGGCGGCUAUCACAAUGAAUGCCGAAUUCUAUCGGCUAGGAGUCAAUAUUGCUGUAACACAUUCAAGGCAGAAGUCGACAAUCUAUGCACUCUCUUCAGGUCUUGGAAAAUGUGGUGUAGCUGUAAUCAGAGUAUCUGGUCCAUGUACAUCUAAGGCUAUAUUAAAUAUGACCCAUUUAAAAUAUUUGCCAAGACCUAGAAAAGCUUGUUUGAACAAAAUUAUAGACCCAACUACUAAAGAACAAUUAGACAUUGGAUUAUUACUGUGGUUUCCAGGCCCCAAAAGUUUCACUGGCGAAGAUUGCUGCGAAUUUCAAGUACACGGUGGUAGAGCUGUUGUCACUUCAGUUCUUCAAGGUUUAUCUAAGCUACCAGAUUUUCGACCAGCCGACCCCGGAGAAUUCACCAAACGUUCGUUUUAUAAUAACAAAAUGGAUUUAACUGAAGUAGAAGGUUUGGCCGAUCUUAUAGAAGCUGACACUGAGCUUCAAAGAAAGCAAGCACUGAUGCAGUUAGAAGGUUCUUUGAGACAACUCUACGAUUCUUGGAGACAAUAUCUUUUAGAAAAUUUAGCUUAUGUCGAAGCUUAUAUAGAUUUCAGUGAAACAGAUAAUAUUGAAGACUUGGUGUUGGAAAAUGUUAAAGAAAAUCUAGAAAAACUAGCUAAAGAGAUUGAGAUGCACUUAAUGGACAACAGGUCAGGUGAACUUUUACGCGAUGGAGUAAAAGUGGCAAUAAUCGGAGCACCGAAUACAGGAAAGAGUAGUCUCUUGAAUUCUUUGUGUAGCAGAGAAGCGGCUAUAGUAACAGAAUUGCCUGGUACAACUAGAGAUCCAAUUCAGGUUCCCCUAGACGUGUCUGGUUACUCUGUACUUUUGAUCGACACUGCAGGGAUUCGUUCACAAACUGUAGACUUGAUUGAAGGCUUGGGAAUAAAGAAAUCUAAAGUCCAGGCUGAAAGUGCCGACAUGGUGAUUCUGGUAACUGAUGCUCAAUGUCUCCUCGAUGUAGACAACAUAGAUUUGUGGCUUAAAAAACAUGUUGAAAAUUUGAAAGUGCAGUGUGAUAAUUGUCUAGUAUAUGUGAAUAAAAUUGACAAUUUGUCGGACGACCAAGUUAUUAGACUUAAAAAAGUAUCACAAAAUUCUAAAUGGACCUUGUGUUUUGGUUCAUGUAAAGUCAAUGAAGGUUUGAUGGAUAUGAUGAGGACAUUUGAAAAUUGUUUGCAACAAUUAUGUGGAAAUCCGAAUUUUGAACAUCCUCGAUGUAGUCAAGCAAGACACAGAUAUUGUCUCUUAAACGCAUUAAAUAAUGUACAGACAUAUCUUAAAAUAUCUGAGUCCGACAAAAACAUUGAUGUCGCUGCACAGCAUUUGCGUAAGGCAACAUUAUAUGUAGGGAAAAUUACAGGACACGUAUCGACUGAAGAAGUACUCACCGAAAUAUUUUCCAAAUUUUGUAUUGGUAAAUAAAAAGAUAAUAAUUUAUAAAUGUUAACUCCUAUAUUAUAGUUUUAGUUUAGUCAUUUUUCUCUUGAGUAUGUAUUAAUAUGUAAUGUAUAUUUAUUAUAACAUGUAUAAAUCUGUACUUGUGGUCUGUAGAUACAACAAUAAUAAUAAUUAAUUAACAACCCUA